AUGAACUACGAUUACACCCUGCCUCCCAUCACCGAGGCACCUUUAUGGGCCGCAGAAAAUUCCUCACAACCCGGUCAUAGGCGCACUACAAGUAGACCCUCGACAGGGGGCAAAGCGUUACGUCGCUCUUGCGAUAGAUGCCACGCACAGAAACUAAAGUGUAGUGGCAGCAAAGACUUCCUGGCCAAGUGUGAGCGGUGCGCGAGGGCCGGUCUAGACUGCGUCUACAGCACAAGGGCCUCCAAGAAGACCGCCCCAAGCCUUCAAGACGGAGACAAUCAGGGCAUGCGGACCCCGGACUCUACUGGAAUGGCUCCACUUCUAGAUGGAACAGAAAACGAACUACAAUUCUCCGACGUAGACUUCCAUGGUCUCCUAUCCUCUGCUGGGAACCACUAUGGUUUCACAACGCCAGACAGUUACCACUCUUCACAACAGUCACCCAGAAACUCCUCCAUCAUGUUGCACGGCUUCGAGACCCCGCCACUUCACGAUUCAUCCGGAUACUCAAACCUAGCCCAUGCUUUGGUAGAGACGCCUGCGGGUGGUCUUCCCGCAGGUCAGCUUGAUGACGCUCUAGAGCAGUUACCAGCUAUAGCGUAUCGUCUAAAGAACAUUUCCAGGAAAGUGGCCGUGGUGUGUUCCGGCCAAGAUAUCCACAAGUACCCCAUAGGUGAAGUCUUCACGAUAUUCAAGCAGCUUUCGGGUGUUCUAGAACAGGACUCAUCCCUAAGGCAGAGCCCGCAAGAACAGAGUGUCGAUGACUCUUUCCGACAGAAAAGCGCGCUUAUAGCUGCUCAAUGCUAUGUGUCUGGCGUCCGAAUCAUAGUCUCUCUUUCAACGAGAUGGCUCCACCACCUUAAUUCUCUUACAAGGAUGAGUUACACGUCACCUGAGAGGCCGUUUACAGCCGAGCCAGUCUAUCCGCCAUUGCAGGAAGGUAGGCACGGACGAAGCAGCGACAAUUUAGGUACAUUGCGCCGAGACCUUGAUUUCGACGGUCUCUAUUCCCAUCUUGAUCCGAUAGGCUACUCUCUGAACUGUGCCAGCCUGACGAUCAGUACCAGCAUCAAGCUCCUGGUUGAGAUUGAGGAUCUCCUGGGCGUGCAACCCAAGAAAGGGGUGAGAGCAACACCGAAUUACGCCGACGCAAAGCGUUACGGCAACUCUGCCCUCUAG